AUGGCUGCUGCCCCACAUGUGAGAAAAAGUUGUAUGAAAUUUUUAGAAGGGUUUUUAGAACACCGUGGACAGGAUAAUAAAUGGAGAAUUUACUGGUUGGUGUUAAAAGAUCAGAAUCUGUAUAUUUUCAAAUCCAAAGAAACAGUGCAGGAUAAUCUUGUUGGUUCACUUCCAGUAAACAGAGAUACUAAAUUUAUUCUUGGUGAAUGCGAUCCUAAAAGGGAAAGUUUCAGAUUUGAACUUCGAACAUCAAGGCACCAAAACAAUUUUAAAGCAAAGAAAUAUUCAGAACGAGAAUUGUGGAGAGGCUAUAUUGAAGGAUUAGCCAGUGGAGCUGUACCUAGUGAUCUUGAUUUGAUGCAUGGUCAGAUUCAAAUGAUAGAAGAUGAAAUAAGGAAUUACUACUGCAAUAAAACAGCCCCAGUUUCACACAGAAGACCGUCUAUUGGCGCUGAAAGUUUUGCAACUGGAUUUUCUGAUCCUGACGGAAGUUUUGGUUCUUUUGGUUCAAGUGAAUCUGAAACAAUGUCCACAAAUAAUGGUGGUCCAUUUAUGAAACACAAAUUUUGGAUGGAAUCAUAUCGAACAGAUACUCCCAGUUGGUUCUUUGCAAACUGUACUCGAGAAUUAGCAGAGAAGAUUUUAUUGGGCUCUCCACAGCUUGGUAAUACCUUGAUGAGAGAGAGUCAUACGUAUAAAAAUAAUGGUAGUUAUACCAUCAGUAAACUACUGUCUGUAGAAAGAUCACCAUUAUCACAUUUUGAAGUUAUCAGAGUUGCGGCUGGAUAUAAAAUUAAUGCUGAAAAUGCGCCAGAGACAUUUCAGUGUUUAUCAGAAGUCAUGAAACAUUUUGUAAGAAUAUCCGGAGCUGCAGCUACCAGACCUUUCGUAACCAAUGAUUACAAGAAGCUGGGAAUAGAAACACCAGAUUAUACUACCAAAAUAGUUAAAGUUGAUAAUGACAAUGGAGAGCAGUUACCUGAACAGUAUGAAGAACCGCUACCACCAAGUUGUAGACCAAUGGAUGGAAGUAAAACUUUACCAAAUAGAGCCAAUAUGUCUAGCUUCAAGUCAGCAUUACCAUCAGCAACUCAGGUUGGACCUAGAGAUCGAGCUCAACGUCCUGGCUUGGGACAAGUGGAUCACAGUGCAGCUAUGGCCGGUGCUUUAAGUGAUUUAGAUACGACUAUUAAACAUUAUGAUGAUGAACAUCCUUAUAAUAGAAGAGCUUAUUCCGAGUAUAAAGAGGUAAAAUAUCUACCAAUACCUCCAGACCCGCCAUCUGCUCAGCAGCCACAUAUCCCUGUCGAUGCUAGCACUAGUGCUGUAUUAAAAACCUGUCGUUCACAGUCGGUUCCUGCAGUUCAGUUUAAUCCUCUUGAACAAAACGUUCCAAUAACACGACCAGGGAUGGUCAAACGAAACCAAUCGUACAGAGAACCAGACCAUAACAGACAACCACAGAGUCCAAGGAGUGUAAUUCAGCCAGCAGGAGGAUUUGACCCCUACAGACAUGGCUGUGUACCUGCAAACUUGAGUGGCCAAGGAAAUGCCUCACCGGAAGAUCCAUAUAGAGCCAGUGCUUCGCUUUCGAGUGACCCUUACCGACGAGAUCAAGAGAAUCCUUAUAAGGGACGUAGCCUUCCACCACCACCAACAGAAUGUCAUAACGCUCAAGUAUACCAAAACUUCCCACUUCCUAAGAACACAACAUCACCCACGGAUAGUCCAUUGAACAGCCCUCGUACACCAACCUCUCCACGACUUUCAGUGGGCGAUUCUAUGCUACUUGGUGAUAUCCAGUCUCAGUUGGCGAAAUUAAAACCUACAGGUAAAUCUACCACAGGUCCACAGUCACCAGAAACCAAAGCCACCAUUAAAGAUCCGCAAUCACCCGGUGUAAAAUCACCUCCUCCAGUAGCUCCCAAGUCUAAACCAGCCGUCCAGACUGCUAACACUUAUAGAAACUUAACCAGUAGUUUUAGAAAAUCUAACAUUAGAGUAGAAACUAAACAGCUUAUAACAGAUGAAUACUAUGAAGAUAUAGAUACUUACAUCAAUAACAACUACCAUUCUAACUCAAGUUGGUGUGAUGUUUAUGAUGAUUGCUAUGUUCCACACAAUAUUGUAGUUAAUACAAGGACGAUUGGUAAUGUGUCGACAGUUGAUAACGCAUCCAGUGAAUCCAGAAAGGAUAUCAAUGACAAUAAUACCAAUAUUAUAGAAGAAAGUCACCCUACAGGUGAGGACAAAGAAAAUUUGAAAAAGAAACUUGAAGCGAUGUUCUCAGGUAGUACACCAGUGGCUCCCAUCCCAAUGAUACCAAAAACAAAAUCUGUUCUGAGCCUUCCUCUUCCACCAGUGCCAAAGGUUGAUCAGAUUGAGGAUGAAGUUUACGAGGAGAUAAAGACAACACUGGAUUAAAGAGGCUAAGAUAAAAACGUUGUUUGUUUGUGAUAAUUGACUAUAAGUAUAAUAAUCCUACACAACUCUUGAAUAUUGUUGUAUAGUUAAAAGAAGGUAUAGACUUUUAUAUGUAUAUGAUAGAAUUUUUGUGGAUUAAACGAAAACGCUGCCUGGUAUCAUAACAUUUAUAUUAAUGUUUCCGUUACAACUUUCUAUCAAACCGAACAGGGUUUAAAACUUGUGAUAAUAAUGGACCACUUAUAUAUUUAUAUACAUAUAUACUCAAUUAACAACUUACCUGAAUCAAUAAUAAUCAUGUAAUCCGGUGUUUAUAUCAAAGACAUAGUGUAACUUCGGAAUCACCACAUUUUCGCAGAAGGUUGUUAUGUUUCAUCUUUACUUUGAUCAAGGUGCGAAAAUCUCUUCAUUUUAACUCUUUAACUUAAAUGCAAAACUUAAGAAUUUGGUUUAAGUUAUUUAAAAGAUAAGUGGGAAGUACUGAUGGAAGUGGUUGAUUAAAGCAAUGUUUUAGUCAAGAGUUAACAAGAGUACACAGUAAACCUGAACACAGUGGAAUGUCUCACUAGCUUGAGAUUAAAUGUUUAUAUUAUAUGUAUAUAUUCACUCCUCUCAUCUGAAUAUUUACUCAUUGUACUAUAUGAAAUAAAAUAUUCCAAUUU